GAAAGAAAGAAAGAGGAAAGCGAGGAGAGUUAGCUGGUCAGCACUCAACAAGCACGAUGGUUCUUAGAAACAGUACCUAAAAACUACAACAAAAUCAGAAUCUUAAUUCAAACAUUAAAAAAAAAGCCUUCACCAGCUGGUUCCUAUGGACGUAUUUACAAUCGUUUAUAUUAAUCCACUUUAGCCAUUUCCUUCAAUCGUCUCUAUUUCCCCCCCCCCCCUUUAUCCUUUUUUGUCUUUCUUCAUUUUCUUUUCACUCCAAAACUGUGUAAUUGAUGAGAUAUCAUUGGAUGAGGAAAAUAGAGUUGUGGGGGAAAUAUUGAUUGUUUCAUGGGCAAUACAUGCCGUGGAUCUUUAAAGGGGAAACUUCAUAAGGGCGACAAUCAGCCCAAAGACCAUUGUUCUAGCCGCAACAACACUUCGUCCGGCCGUUCAACCACCGCCACCGAUUAUUCCCCUUCUACUUUAAACUCUCAACAACUGAUUGCUCAAGAAUUCUCCAAAGAAACCAACCAAAAAGAAACCCAUUUGCCUGUCAUUAACCCUACCAAGAAAGACAACAACAAUAACACCAUGAGACGUGGUAUUGAUCACCAGGCUUACUAUGUUUUGGGUCAUAAAACAACCAACAUCCGUGACCUUUACACUUUAGGUCGUAAGUUAGGACAAGGACAGUUUGGGACUACUUACUUGUGUACUGAGAUCUCUACAGGCACUGAGUAUGCCUGUAAGUCUAUAUCCAAAAGGAAGUUGAUCUCCAAUGAGGAUGUGGAGGAUGUUCGGAGGGAGAUUCAGAUAAUGCACCAUUUGGCUGGUCAUAAGAAUAUUGUGACCAUUAAAGGUGCAUACGAGGAUACUUUGUAUGUGCAUAUUGUGAUGGAGCUUUGCUCUGGAGGUGAAUUGUUUGAUCGGAUUAUCCAGAGGGGGCAUUACUCCGAGAGGAAAGCAGCUGAAUUGACUAAGAUCAUUGUUGGGGUUGUCGAGGCUUGUCAUUCUCUCGGGGUUAUGCAUAGAGAUUUAAAGCCUGAGAAUUUCUUGUUAGUUAACAAGGAUGAUGAUUUCUCUCUAAAGGCCAUUGAUUUUGGACUCUCAGUCUUCUUUAAACCCGACCAAGUUUUUACCGACGUGGUUGGCAGUCCAUAUUACGUUGCUCCCGAAGUACUUCUGAAACAUUAUGGACCAGAAGCAGAUGUAUGGACUGCAGGAGUUAUACUCUAUAUAUUGCUAAGUGGUGUGCCACCAUUUUGGGCAGAAACACAGCAAGGAAUAUUUGAUGCAGUGUUAAAAGGACAUAUUGACUUUGAUUCAGACCCUUGGCCCCUAAUAUCUGAUAGUGCAAAGGACCUAAUUCGAAAGAUGUUAUGCUCUCGACCUUCAGAGCGACUGACUGCUCAUGAAGUAUUAUGUCAUCCUUGGAUUUGUGAAAAUGGGGUUGCUCCUGAUAGGGCUCUGGAUCCAGCUGUACUUUCUCGCCUCAAACAAUUCUCUGCAAUGAAUAAACUAAAGAAGAUGGCUUUACGGGUAAUAGCUGAAAGUCUUUCCGAGGAGGAGAUUGCUGGUUUAAGGGAAAUGUUUACGUCUAUGGAUACUGAUAACAGUGGUGCAAUCACAUUUGAUGAACUCAAAGCUGGUUUGCGAAGAUACGGCUCUACCUUGAAAGAUACAGAGAUAAGGGACCUUAUGGAUGCAGCUGAUGUCGAUAAUAGUGGGACCAUUGAUUAUGGAGAAUUUAUAGCUGCAACAGUUCACCUUAAUAAACUAGAGCGUGAGGAGCAUCUCGUUGCUGCAUUCCGAUACUUUGAUAAGGAUGGAAGUGGGUAUAUUACAGUUGAUGAGCUUCAACAAGCUUGUGCUGAGCAUAACAUGACAGAUGUUUUGCUCGAGGAUAUAAUCAGAGAAGUUGAUCAAGAUAAUGAUGGAAGAAUCGAUUAUGGUGAAUUUGUUGCCAUGAUGCAAAAAGGCAAUGCAGGAAUCGGUAGACGAACCAUGCGAAACAGUGUGAAUAUAAGCAUGAGAGAUGCCCCAGGUGCUAUGUAAUCUCCAGCUGCGCACACAUCAUGUACAGAUUGUACAGCAGAUCCAGAAGAUGAUGACUCAUGACAAAAGUGAUCGGGAAACGGUUUUGGUUCGUCGCAUGCUCCAGGACGGGUUACUUGAUGUUGUUUGUUUGAGCCUUAGAGAGAUGCUGUUGGUUUAUGGAAUGCCAUAGGUUUUGUAAAACUUUGAGGAGUGUGGAAGUGUUAAAGUUAUUCAAAAUUACCAAGCUCAUUAGUUAUGUCUUUGAUUGAUGUUUUUUCAGUAUGAUUUUUCGAAGAUUUGCAGAAA